CGGCUGAUUUCCACCGGGAGGGAGACAGUGCCCCAGGGCCUCGACCUCCCUGUAUCUGCGCGGGCCGAUCAGGUCCAUCCUGGGCCCCCUGCCUGCCCUGGGCUUCCCACGGGCGGGCCCUUCUCGCCUCCCCCCCGGCCACUGGCGGGGGGUGUCUCCCCCGCUUUCACACUGGCCCGAAGUGAGGACGGGCCCCUCGCUUCCUCGUCAGCCGUAGGCUCGAGAGCUCCCACCUGCAGGGCCCUGGCCGGGUGAUGUCUCCAUGCCCCAGCAGCUCCGGUUCAGUAGUUCCCCUGCCCCCUUAUACCCGUUUACCCUGUUGUGUGAUGGUAGCAAAUCAGAAACAUCGCGGGAGCAGAGUGUAGGAUAGAGAAGAUAAAUCUCUUGUUUGAAGAGGCAGCAGAAGUGUAGCCCCAGGGGCUGCUGCUCGUGGCUGUUCCACAAGCUACAGUGCCUCCUUGGAAGAUACAUAAGCUUUAACAGCCACAUUGGGCUUUGACAUGUGAUACAUGCCUGCUAUAUACCUAAGACUUGAUCGGCAUUACCAGCUUAUGUUGCUAUAACCACGUCGCUCAAAGGUGUGGAAAAUCCACACCUCUGAGUGACGUAGUUAUACUGACCUAACCCCCAUUGUAGACCCUGCUAUGCCGGCAGGAGGGCUUCUCCCAUUGACAUAGCUCCUGCCUUUCGCUUAGGUGGAUUAACUAUGCCGACAGUAGCAGCUCUCCUGUUGGCGUAGUCAUGUCUUCACUGAAAUGCAGCAGCUGCACUGGUUCAGCACUGUAAGUGUAGACACGUCCUUCUAUAGCGCUUUACACCCUGGGGGUGUUUGGUAUCAUUAACCCUGUUUCACAGACUGGAGAACUGUAGUUUACAGGUGAGGUACAGAGAGGUGAAGUGACUUCUUUGUAGCCUGUUUGCCUGAACUGGAGUAAAAACUCUGGAGCUCCGGCCCCUUAUUUUAGCUGCUGCCUAGUGGUCUUGUUGCCUUCUUACAAAAGGACUGUUAGCAAGAUGCAGAAUAGAUGCAAAAAGGCUGACCUUGCCAACCAAACAGGAUUCGUUGGUAUUCUGAAGUGAGCAGUGCCAGGUGAAUGAAGUCAGAAUGUGGGGAAGUUCUGCAUUCUGAAUGUCUGGUGAGGGUAUCCUCUUGUCCUUCAUCCCCAAAAAGUUUACUAGAGGGACUGAACAGUUCAAGGGAUUGAUGGAUACAAUCCUUUACUUCUGCAUUGCUUCAUCAAGUCCAGUCUGGCUAAGGAGCUGAAAUAACUAGGAGCUGAUGGCUGUUCAGGUGUCAGUAAUUAACACUGUGGACACCUCUCAUGAGGACAUGAUUCAUGAUGCUCAGAUGGAUUAUUAUGGUACUCGAUUAGCAACCUGCUCCUCUGACAGAUCUGUAAAAAUCUUUGAUGUAAGGAAUGGAGGGCAGAUCCUCAUAGCUGACCUGAGAGGCCACGAAGGUCCUGUGUGGCAAGUUGCCUGGGCUCAUCCCAUGUAUGGAAAUAUUCUGGCCUCGUGUUCCUACGACAGGAAAGUUAUUGUCUGGAAGGAAGAAAAUGGCACUUGGGAAAAGACAUAUGAGUACACUGGGCAUGACUCCUCGGUGAAUUCCGUCUGCUGGGCACCACAUGACUAUGGCUUGAUCCUGGCCUGCGGGAGCUCUGAUGGGGCCAUUUCAUUGUUGAGCUACACAGGCGAUGGGCAGUGGGAAAUCAAAAAGAUCAGCAAUGCGCAUACUAUCGGCUGUAAUGCUGUUAGCUGGGCCCCUGCAGUUGUACCAGGAAGCCUUAUAGACCAGCCAUCUGGCCAAAAACCAAAUUACAUCAAAAGAUUUGCAUCGGGUGGCUGUGACAACCUCAUCAAGAUUUGGAAAGAGGAAGAUGGCCAGUGGAAGGAAGAACAGAAGCUGGAGGCUCACAGUGACUGGGUCCGAGAUGUAGCCUGGGCUCCCUCCAUAGGUUUGCCAACAAGUACCAUUGCCAGCUGUUCACAGGAUGGCAGAGUGUUCAUCUGGACUUGUGACGAUGCCUCUGGAAAUUCAUGGUCACCAAAAUUGCUGCACAAGUUCAAUGAUGUAGUGUGGCACGUUAGCUGGUCUAUUACUGCAAACAUUCUUGCUGUGUCAGGAGGAGACAACAAAGUCACUUUAUGGAAGGAAUCAGUAGACGGACUGUGGGUGUGCAUCAGCGAUGUCAAUAAGGGCCAAGGAGCAGUGUCUGCUAUUACAGAGGGUCAGCAGAACGAACAAUGACAGAUGGAUUUAAUAGCACACUAGUUGCAACGCAAGGAGAUUAAUCACUUAACAUGAUUUAUAUGACCCUUCUAGAUAUAUGAAAAUCUGAUGAACAUCCUGUAACCGUUAAUGGUAAAAGCUACAAACGCAGUAUUGAUCAUCAGCCUUAAUGUCAGUUUUCUGAAAUUGAAGAUGAACUGUAGAGCAAAAUAUUGUGCCCUGUGCAGUUCCUUUCUGAUGUGUAAUCAGAACCUCCCUUCCUCUACAUGAUCAGGGUCUGACUUGUUCUUUUUGCUGGAGGACUUUGGCUAACUCAAUUGAGGACAUCACAGAUAAGUACUGAAACUUGAGCUGUGGCUCUCCUGGUGGAAAGGAGCCUCUGACCAAGGCUCAACAUCCCCUUCUUCAGAGGAGGGCUGGGAGAGCUUUCAGCUUGAGCUGUGCUCUCCCCACUCAAGUACCCUAAAGACUUGCCAGAGUCCUUCACCAAAAGAGAAUCCAAUCCUGAUACCUAGUGAAAACAACUUGGGGGUAAGACGAAGGACCACACAGAAACUACCUUCAUAUGGAAAGUAGCAGUGAAGUGUACAAAGGUAUUAUCGCUUUACAAUUUGCCUUUACAUUUGGUUGAAAGUUCUUAUUUAAAAAUUUCCCAAAUCUUCAAAGCUAUUAAUUUUAAACUAUUUCUUUUUUAGACACUUUUGUGUACUGUACCUCAGGUGUUUUUUGGUUUCAAUAAAAAUGGAAUAAAGUCCUAUUGGUUACAA